GAGAGAAAGAGAGAAAGAGAGAGAGAGAAAGAGAGAGAGAGAGAGAGUGUGUGUUUGUAGUUUGUUCGUUUCUACCGUCUUUGCAAACUAACCGCCGUUUCUACCGGAUACGUUAUUCUUCGAAGUUAGACCUGUUUUUCUUCUUCGGACUUCUUUUUUUUGUGCGGUAAGCUCGAAGUGGAAAUAAAAAGAAAGCAAGAACCAAAGAAGAAGAAGAAGAAGAAAAAGAAAAAGCACCCAAACCUGGAGGAGGAAAAGGGCGUUCAUACUUCGAAGUAACCAUGGAAGUUCCUGGUAUGCAGAGUUCUCAGAUCGAUCCGGAGGAGUUGUUCACUAAACUUGAUCGCAUUGGAAAAGGAUCUUUCGGAGAGGUGUUUAAAGGAAUCGAUAAUCGAACCCAGAGCGUUGUUGCCAUAAAGACCAUCGAUCUGGAGGAGGCCGAGGACGAGAUCGAGGACAUCCAGCAGGAGAUCACAGUUCUCAGUCAGUGCGACAGUCCCUACAUCACCAAGUACUACGGCUCCUACCUGAAGGGCAGUAAACUAUGGAUCAUCAUGGAGUAUCUGGGUGGAGGAUCAGCGCUCGACUUGCUGCGGGCAGGUCCGUUUGAUGAGUCUCAGAUCGCCACCAUGCUGAAGGAGAUCCUGAAGGGGCUCGACUACCUGCACUCGGAGAAGAAGAUCCACAGAGACAUCAAAGCCGCCAACGUCCUGCUGUCGGAGCACGGUCAGGUGAAGCUGGCCGACUUCGGCGUGGCCGGUCAGCUGACGGACACGCAGAUCAAGAGGGAAACCUUCGUGGGAACGCCGUUCUGGAUGGCUCCCGAGGUCAUCCAGCAGUCCGCCUACGACUCCAAGGCCGACAUCUGGUCUCUGGGCAUCACGGCCAUCGAGCUCGCCAAGGGCGAACCUCCGAACUCGGACAUGCAUCCGAUGCGAGUUCUGUUCCACAUCCCCAAGUCUCCGCCUCCGACGCUGACCGGAGAUUUCUCCAAGAGCUUCAAAGAGUUCACCGAGGCCUGUCUCAACAAGGACCCUGCCUUCCGUCCCACGGCCAAGGAGCUCCUCAAACACAAGUUCAUCGUCAAACACUGUAAGAAGACGUCCUACCUCAGUGAGUUGAUUGACAGGUUCAGGAGGUGGAAGGAGGAGGGGCACAGCGACAGCAGCUCCGAAGACUCAGACAGUGAGUCCAGCAAUAAGGAGAACAGCGAGUCUCCCGAAUGGUCCUUCACCAUCGUCCGUAAUAAGAAGACGGAGGGCAGGAAGGUUCUCAACGGGACGGUUCAGGAUCAGCUGAGUAAAUCUGCCAGUCUGACCACCGUCAUCUCUCCUGUGUUCACCGAGUUGAAGCAGCAGCACAAGGAGCACUCUGAGCAGCGCCAGGCCAUCGAGGAGCUGGAACGCAACAUCCGAUUGGCUGAGGAGGUGUGUCCAGGAAUCACGGACAGGAUGGUCACGCACAUCAUUGCCAGGUACCAGAAAUUCACGACCAACUGAAGGACGGAGAGAUGGACGGAGGAGGAAAAAUGAAGAGAGACUGUGUCUCCGUACGGUGACGCUGCUGGAUGAUUGGAAUCAGAGGAGAUUUGCUGUGCGAUGUCUCCUCGCUGUACACACACACACACACACACUCACACACUUGCACAUACACGCACACACAUACACACACACUACUAAUGUAAUAUAUACACUAUAUAUUAUAUAUAUAUAUAUACAUAUAUGUACACUGCUGCUGGUUGAAAACCUUUUUUCUCCCCAGAUUCAAAAGGCAGCUGCACUUUUGAAUUUUUGAAAGUACGACCCGGUUUGUCAGUUGGACUUUUGGUUUUCAUUUCCCGUUUUUAGGGUCAUGAACUUCUCGCUAUUUCUUUCUUUUGCUUUUUUUUUUUUUGU